AUGCGCUACGUUGUUGGCAGCGAGAACGAUCCCGACAUCGACACGCCGGGCAAGAACACGAAAGCCGAGGCCAAGGCGAUGGUGGCAUUGUACAAGAUCACUUGGAAUCACACACGGUUUCAGCGCGACGAGCCGUGGAUUACUGCGCGCCUGUUUUACAAAGUUUGCGACUUUGAAGGCGAACCAACGUAUGAACGCGGGACGAAGUUUCUGCAGAUCUCCUUGUUCAAGCCCGAGGACGAGUCGCACAACCUGACCGAGUGGGACAAGAAGUUCAUUGCGAACAGUUCAUUCGACGAAGAGACCAAGAGCGACGAAGAAAUCAACGACGGCAGUUUGGCGCGGCAAGACGAUGACGACAGCGGGGACGAGUGGUCCAAGUUCGUGGACCGUGGCUGGAAGAAGCACGGGCACUACGACGCGACAGAAGACAUUGAAGGACUUGAGCACAACCCCGUCAAAGAUUUCCUGGCGUUCGUGCCGCUGGAGUUGUGGAAGACCGUGACGUUGCGAACGAACGCCAAGGCCGUGGCGCUGCAAGCAGCGCAUCCGAAGGGCUACGUAGGUAGGAAGAAAAGCAUCGAGCUGGUGGGAGUCAUGAAGUUUGUGGGUCUGCUUAUCAUGAUGAGUGUCGUGCAAGGUGGUGAAUACAGUCUGUAUUGGUCAAAGCCGAGUAUGUCGUUCCUCAUGCCGCCGACGGAGAACUUCGGCCAUGUCAUGCCGAUCGACCGAUUUAAGCAAUUGCGGGCGUUCAUCACAUUCAACGACGUGGUCGAGCCCGCAGACCCACUUUGGCGCAUUAGGCCGCUCAUCAACCUGUUGAAGGCAUCGUUCAAGAACUUCGUCGUGGCCGGCCGUGAGAUCAGCGUGGACGAAGCAUGCAUUCCGUGUCGUUCAAGUUAUGGGCUACCACUUCCGCAUUUAUACGGCGGCGUGUGCAACUACGUGUCUGCGAAGGUUCUCAAAAAGGCGGCGGCCGACAAGGCAGCAGCCAAAGACAAAGCUGCUGCUCUGAAACGCGACACUUCUCUUCGGCAGCCGCCAACGCCCUCAUUGACUAGUCGGGCGACGGACAAGCAAGCGGAAGUGUCGUACGACCAGCGUAUGCGCCGUUACUGUGUCGUUUGCUACUUCGAGCGGAACAAAUAA